UGUAUUCUUUUCAUUAUAAUACGCACACGAAUAUGUAUUUACACCGCAUAUUGACCUAUUAGUUGUCGGUUGAGGCAGUAUUUUACUGUUGCUUAGCAAUAAUGAUUCGCGAGUUGUUCGCUAGCGCUAUGUACUGAAGUCGCGCGCACGGCCGUCAGCUCACAUUACAACUAGCGGUAAGAUUUUGAUUCACCCUAGUGACUCGAUUCUUUUGCAUCUCUUCACUAGAAAGAUUCAUUUAGUGACACUUUUGCUAUUUACAUCGUAAUGACAAAUGUCCUCUCUGCGGCUUACAAGUGGAAAUACUACUUAAUUCCAUAUUAAAAUUAGUCUCUACAAUUCUACCAAGAAAAUGCUUAAUACAGAUCUGUCAUUUUAACAAUAAUAACCUACAUUUCGAUUUUCAAUAACGUGUUUUCUUCACGAACGUUGUCUCGUUCAGUUCCGUUUUGACUUGUUCACACUAAAAACACUGACUCUUUCAGUGAAGGGGCGUGGUCAUUCCGCGUGUCCAACCAAUGAUAUUGAUCCUUCACAGCCCGGACUUGAUUGCUAUUGGUUCGCUAUAGUCAGUGAGUCUUUGAAUACAGGAUAACAGUCAAAGAUACUCAAGAGAACGAUUCGAUCAAAACAAUUCUUCCACGAUGGAAGCGCCACAAAUUACAUUUACUUACCAACAGCUCGACUCAGGAGAGAUGGCCGAGAUGUACAUUCGCGUCGCGGAGGAGGAGAACGAGGAGCCGAUGGAGAUCCCGUCGGAGGACGACGGCACGGUGCUGCUGUCCACGGUGGCCGCUCAGUUUCCAGGGGCUUGUGGCCUGCGCUUCCGGAGCCCGGUGUCUCAGUGUAUGAGGGGAGUUCGCUUGGUGGAAGGAAUCCUGCACGCUCCCGAAAACGGCUGGGGAAACCUGGUCUAUGUGGUCAAUUACCCCAAGGAAACGGCUCUGCCAGAUAAUAAGAGGAAGAUGGAUGAGAUUGAUGCUUCUUCUGCAACAAAGAUCAAGAGAGGAGAUCAGAAGACUUCAGAUCUGAUUGUGUUGGGUCUGCCAUGGAAAACUUCAGAACAAGACUUAAAAGACUACUUCAGUACGUUUGGAGAAGUCAUCAUGGUGCAGGUCAAGCGGGACGUAAAGACGGGAAAUUCAAAGGGGUUUGGGUUUGUAAGGUUUGGUGACUGGGAGUCUCAGGGUAAGGUGAUGUCGCAGCGGCACAUGAUUGACGGCAGGUGGUGUGACUGCAAACUACCUAACUCUAAGCAAGGUCCAGAUGAACCAAUGAGGAGCAGAAAAGUAUUUGUGGGCCGUUGCACAGAGGACAUGAGCGCUGAUGAGCUCCGUCAGUUCUUCAUGCAAUAUGGGGAGGUCACAGAUGUCUUCAUUCCUAAACCAUUCAGAGCGUUCGCUUUCGUCACCUUUGCAGAUGACCAGGUUGCCGCAUCCCUGUGUGGAGAAGAUCUGAUCAUCAAGGGCAUCAGCGUGCACAUCUCCAACGCUGAGCCAAAACACAACAACACUAGGCAGAUGAUGGAGCGGGCAGGGCGCUUUGGGAAUGGGUUCGGAGGUCAGGGUUUUGGAGCCAGCCGCAGUGGCAUGGGGGGUAGUAGCUCCAGCAGCUUGGGAAAUUUCAACAAUUUCAAUCUCAACCCAGCCAUGAUGGCUGCCGCCCAGGCUGCCCUGCAGAGCAGUUGGGGUAUGAUGGGAAUGUUAGCACAGCAGAAUCAGUCAGGUGCGUCUGGCACUAGCACGAGCGGCGCUAGUGCCACUCGGGACCAGCCCCAAACAUACAGCUCAGGGAACAGCAACUACAGCAGCUCAGCUGCUCUCGGCUGGGGCUCCGGCUCUAACUCCACCCCAGGUGGUAGUGGGUUUAACUCCAGCUUUGGGUCUGGUAUGGAGUCUAAGUCGUCAGGGUGGGGUAUGUAAAUUGGUUUGUGUUUGAAGUGUUGUAUUUCUAGCGCGUUUGGUAAGUAUUUUCCGAGAGACUUAUCUUGUCACGUGUGUUUGGGAGUGGGGAUGGGUGAAAAGGGAGACGGGGGACAAAAAAAGACGAAUGUUUUUUACACUGAAUGGAAUUUAAGUUAGUUUAGAGCGAGAUGUUAACCAAGGUGCUACAUUAAUGUACCAUCUUUGGAAUUAUGUUUUUUCCCCCAAUGUUGUUUUGUCUUGGUCGAUGCAAACUAAGCAUUUCAACUGGAUUCUUGUAAUGCAUGUUGUUCAAUCUGUGAAUAUCUGAAAAUGCAUGAGAAUUGCAUAAUCCUACAAAGUACAUGUAUCAUUAUUUAGGACAAAAAAAAAGACAUUUGCAUUGGAAAGAAUCUGGUUGAAACCUGAACAUAUUGUAAAUUCAGCUUUAUGAUUCAGUCCAGUUUUAUGGAAACCCUUUAAAACAAGCCUUCAUCAAAAUCUCUUCUGCAGUUGACAUCUGUGGGGUUUGCCUGGGAAGAGCGCCCUCUAUGGCAGCACAGUGUGGCUGAGGUCAUUAUGUCACCUUCCUCCCCAUGUCUAUAUGCUCUCAUCGCACGGCUCGAUGACACGGUGGGUGUCUCCUUUUUCUUAAUCCACUUUUUAAGACAAGAAGUGCGCAGAAAGUGACGUUUUUAAACAACCCUUGAGUGCGAUUGGUGAUAUGGCGAAGAGUGAGAAGGCUGCGAGUGAGCGAAGAAAGUGUGGAGCGCACGAACGAAAAGACUUGCGAGUGCGAUGAACGAGCCGAAAUGUGACUGCAGUGGGUGGGUUUGGUGAGCGAGUGAAUGAGAGCCGCUGAUACUUCCCAGCUUUCCCCUUAAUCGAGCCCAAAUUGACAGACAUUUUGUUCAUGUGUACAUCAAAGAUUUUUUUUUCUUUUGAUUUUUUUUUUUUUUUGGUCUCCCUAGGUUCCCUUUUGCUUUUCUCCUUUAGUAUACUGACAUGUGCUUAUAUAGUUAGUGGAAUGUUGUGAUGAUGAUGAUGAUGCAUACUUUGUCUUGCUUCUAUAAUCCCAUCUGAAUGCUGUAUGGUGUGUGUGCUUUUUUUUCCUUGUAACUUGACCUGUAAGUGUGAGCUUUGAUAUGGAUGACAUCUUCAGUGGACACUGAGGGGGGAAAACAUGAGUGAUGGUGUAAGUGCGACCUGUAUGUUGAGUGCUGUGGAUGUCUGUGGAGUUUCCCUCUAAAUAACGUUGCUCAGUGUUUUCAAAGGCAUUUUAUAUGACUUGUCAAAUGAAGGGAGUGCUUCAAUAAAACUAAUUUGAAUAGA